UCUUCCUCCAGCUGCUGCAGCCGCUUAAGGGAAAAAGCAAUCCUGCCGCCGCCUGGAGACGUUGUCAGCGCUCUUGCGACUUCUCAGGCCGGCCCGUGGAAAAGAGGAGGGAGCCUCCCCCCAAACCCCCCCCACACCCCCUGAGGCACACAGGGAGCGCCCAGCCUAGCAGCACAGGGACAAUUCCUUGAAAACGCUUCUCUCGCCCCCCGGGAGGCCCUCCUCCACUGAACAGGACUCGGAAGGGGGGCUGGCAGGGUCUCGGGGUCCCCCCCUUAAGGAGCAUACUCUUCAUUCUCCCCCAAGGGAACUAGCCUCCCCCAGGGGCACUGAGGCAGGGUUCUAAAUCAAUGAAGCAGCCAACUGCAGAGGGGCAGAGAGAGGAUGAGCUGGAAGGAUCCAUUCAUAACUAUCACCUUCCCAAGCAAAGUCAUCUACACCAUUGGCUCUAUCCUUAUGCUCAUCAUUCACACAGGUGUUCUCAUUGGUGACCUGUAUCACUUCUUCGUCUCCCAAAGGGGGGACCUCAUGAGCUUCCAUUUUACCGUAGUGCUAUUGUCCUCACAUACAACCAGCUUCUACUGGGCACUGCUGGCAGCGAUCUACACUUUACAAGCAGACGACGAUGUGCUGAUGUACAUUGCCAUGACAUCUUUCGCCCUGAACUUUGUCGCCUUCCUUGCCCGCUUCAGCAUGGACUAUGCCACCAUUGAUUACAGAGAGGAACAGUACUAAGCAGCAAUUCUCAAAGGGGGGG